CAAAAAACGUCUGAUGGGGUAAAUAAAAAUCAAGAAAGAGAGACCGACCACCCUCAUUCGCUCUCUCAAAUUCGACUAACCAAAGCUCCCUAUCAUAUCAUCCUCUGUCUGGUUCCGUUUUCUAAUCCUUCUUUGAUUCUUCUCGCCUCCAAAGGUAAUGGAUCUAAAGGGACAGCUAGACAGAUUCAAGAAACAACAAGAAAGAUGCCAAUCUACACUCUCCAGCAUCAAUGCUUCCCGAGCACCUUCUGGUCCUUCCAGGCCCUCCUCUGUCCCUGCUGCCCCUAGCCUCAAGCCUACUCCUCCUGUCAAAUUCUCCAACGACACUGAGCGUCUUCAGUUUAUCAACAGCAUCAGGAAAGGCCCUGUCGGUGCUCAAAUCAAGCGUGUCAUUGAGCUUCUCUUUGAGACAAGACAAGCCUUUACACCGGAGCAGAUUAACGAAAGGUGUUAUGUUGAUAUGCUUUCCAAUAAAGCUGUCUUUGAUAGUCUGAGGAACAAUCCCAAAGUUUAUUACGACGGAAGGAGGUUCUCUUACAAAGCUAAGCACGAUGUCAAAGACAAGAACCAGCUUCUCUCGCUGAUAAAGAAAUAUCCUGCUGGGAUUGCGGCUGUUGAUCUCAAAGACGCUUACCCCAAUGUCAUGGAUGAUCUACAGGCUCUGAAAGCUUCAAAACACAUAUGGUUCCUGUCAAACGCUGAUUCACAAGAGGACAUUGCGUACCCAAACGACUUCAAAGGGCAGAUUGAGGUUGAUGACGAGUUCAAGUCUCUGUUCCGGGACAUAGACAUUCCCAGCGACCUUCUUGACGUGGAGAAGGAGCUGCAGAAGAUUGGUUUGAAGCCGGUGAUGAACACUGCCCAGAGGAGAGCUGCUGCGCAGAUCCAAGGCGUAUCGAAUAAACCCAAGCAGAAGAAGAAGAAGCAAGAGAUCAGCAAGAGAACCAAACUCACCAACGCUCAUCUUCCCGAGCUAUUCCAGAACCUCAAUGCCAGCAGUUCCCGGAACUAAACUCUUCAUAAAUGGAAUUUAUGAUUAUGUGGUUCGAUUACUGUAACUGGGAUUCAUCCCCCAGUUUUUGAUUCUUAUUAUUCGACGUGAUUUACAUAGAACAAGUGCAAUUUGUAUUGAUGUAUGGGCUUACAAUA